AUGCCAAGGGUCGCACAGGUGCACAUCAACAUUGAUGCACUGAGAGGGCGACAAUUAGGCAGGAGCAGCAGCAGACUGCACACUUAUAUGACCUGUUGUGGCGAAGAGACAACUCCUCGACAGGCUGUAGUAGCUGACUCGACGAGUCUAGCAAUCGUUAAGACAAAUAUCGCCGAGGCUAACGGCAUGCUUUCUUCGGCAGCCGGUCCACAUGUUCCGUCGGCGCGUCAACAUGCCAUCGGUGUCACACUCGCAGUAUGCGUGGCCUUCAUCUGGGUCGGCUCGUCGGAGUUGGUCCAGAUUCUCAUGAGCGGAGACACUGUGUCAGAAAGGAGUCAUCCACAGCCCUAUUUUAUCACGUACGUGUCGUUGUCCACUUUCGUGCUAUGCCUUCUGGGAUUUCUCCGUCCCUCAUGGCGCGCAAAGCUCUACAAGCCACCAGGCCAUAUUGAUCACACCGCGCCAGGCACCAUGCUUGACUCCGAGGCCAUAUCCCCGUUGUCGUCAGACGGGGCACCAAGUCCUCCGGUGCUCAACGAUGAGGAUUCUGAUGGUGAUAAGGGACCUGAACUGUUGCAAUUCGAUAUUGAAGACCCGGGCUCCGAAGACAAUCAUGCCAUCAUCUUUAGCGCUGGACAGGUCUUGCGCAUGGCGUUGGUUAUUUCACCGCUCUUCUUCCUAUCAGACUGGAUAUUUACCCUGGGGCUGAGUAUGACUACCGUGGCAUCGACUUCGACGAUCUCUACGAUCUCCGGGCUUUUUACAUUAAUUCUGGGCGCCUUCAUGAAAGUGGAGCGCUUCUCCAUACGCAAGCUCUUUGCAGCAAUUGCGACCAUUGCUGGGGUCGCUAUCAUAUGCUCCUUCGACAAGAAAAAAACGCAAGGGGAUCGUAAUUUUGUAGGAGACAUGGUCAAUGUCGUCUCCGCACUCAUAUACGCAGUGUACACAAUCCUUCUCAAAUCUAAAUCCGGUCCACCAGGAGCAAUCGAUAUUUCCAUGCUCUUCUCGUUCAUGGGAGCUGCUGUAUUGAUUGGAGGAAUACCUGGGCUCUUUUUGCUUCACUGGACAAAUCUCGAGCGUUUUGAGCUCCCAACGCCCAAACUCGCAGGCAUCCUGUUUGCAAACGCAUUAAUAGGGACCGUUCUAUCCGAUUUUCUGUGGGCAAAGUCAGUUGUCCUCACUACGCCCAUGAUUGGGACACUCGCGCUCUCGCUUUCUGUGCCGCUGUCUGUUAUCGCGGACAUCUUGUUUCGAGGCGACCAUUUCAGUCUUCCUUAUUUGAUAGGGGUAACGAUGGUAUUUUCUGGGUUUAUUGUUAACGUCCUGUGCCUACUGCUCGGAUGUAUGUGA